UCUUCCCCGUACCGUAUUACAACAAAUCCGGCCGCCGGGCGGGGGCGGGCUUCUCCUCAUCUCCCGCGAGCUCCAUCCAUCCACGCGCUCUACUUGUGCAUCAUGAACCCUAGAUAGAUAGAUAGGUUCUCUUCCGGGUUUCUCCUGAAUAAUAACGAGACCGGUUCCCAAAAGAAAAGAGUUUGGGGGUUCAUCUCAUCAUGUCCCACAAUAGUGGAUCCGCCCCUGGUACUGAGCCUCAAAAUCUUGCAUCUGCCACUGCCCAAGAGCCAACAUCUCCUGCUCAUGGCGCCCAGCGGUGGCUCCGGACCCUCUCCGACCCUGAGCUUGAUUUGCUCAUCAGCUUGAAGGAUUUGGCCUUCACGCACGCGGACAAUGCCAAGCUCUCUGUGCUCGCUGACCAGUAUGAUCCGCAGAUACUGCGCGCUCUCGGGAUUGUUUUGCUUGAAACGUUGAAAGAACGACUUAAAGGAACCUCAAUUGAUCCAAGCAUUUUCGAUAGGCUAGCUCUCUCAAGUGAUUCCGAUGCGCAUUUCCCCAGUGUUGCGAGCGACUCUGAGUCCGAGGGAGCGAGGUCCAAGCCUGAAAAAACGCCCAUGGUUGUCGAUGGAAAACGAAAGCAGAUACAGCCUACUGGGUGGCUCGGCGAGAAAGGUAAAAAGAGGAGAAAAUCGGUGAGUCAAGAUAGCAGUGAGCAUAUAUAGUAGAUGUUUAGUCCUGGUAGGUAUAAGUUAGCACUAGAGAUUUGGUGCUACAACUUGCAAUGUGUGUCUGGCUUGCUGGUGGUGUGCAAUUGAUAUGUUUCAUGGCAGCCAACUGGUCCCAUCCAAUGUAGUCGAGCAACUCGACAUAGCGUUACCGCAAUCGCAGGCCACAAAAUCACAGUGAGUUCUACGGUGAUAUACAUAUAUUCAGCUUCCCGUAGAAAGUUUUGGCUGUGUUAGCUUUCACAAAGAACCAAAAUUAGUCAACAAUUUCCACGCCAAAUCAAAAUCUACAGCUGACCUUAUUCAGUUAUCGGUGUAUGUCUUUAAUAGCAAAAGCUAAUACAAAUAGAAUUAGGACCAUA